AUGAGACUUGCAGUUUGUCUUGAGCGAUCUGUUUAUUUCUUCGACGAAGCUGGCGAAAAGCGCGAUAAGUUCUCGACGAAACCGGUCGACAGUAAAUAUGGAAAGAAAAGCUACGUCAUCACUGGAAUCGCCUUUGCUCCAGAUAGCAGUAGAUUGGCGAUUGCACAAUCGGACAACGUCGUCUUCGUCUACAAAAUCGGCAACAACUGGGGCGACAAAAAGUCCAUUUCGACUAAGUUCAUCGUCACUUCCUCCGUUACAUGCCUCAUUUGGCCGCAGCAGGACGCGAUUUUCUUCGGUCUUUCGGAAGGAAAAAUCAGAAUGGGAAACAUGCGCUCUGGAAAGAGUUCGACAGUCUACAAUGUCAACAGUUUCACGAUGUCGUUGACUGCGAAUAGUCGGGGCUCUGGAAUCAUGUCCAGCCAUGCUGAUGAUGUCCAUACAAGCGAAGUCAACGGAAACCUCGCCGUUCAUACAUGCCCAGUAACCGCUCUUGCUUGGACUCCAAACGGCUAUUUCUGUGCCGGUUCAGACAAGCGUGUUGUCGUUUACGGCAAGAAUGGUAAAGAACUGCAACGAUUCGAGUACCCCGAGAGCGAGAAAGAAUUCACCAGUGCUGCGGUUAGCCCCAGUGGCCAGUCACUCGUCUUAGGCAGCUUCGACCGCUUCCACUUGUUCACCUGGUCGAGUCGUCAAUCCCAGUGGAUCGAAAGCGACCCGAAGGACAUUGAGAAUCUUUAUACAGUCACCGCAAUGACCUGGAAGCCAGAUGGAUCAAAGCUAGCUGCAGGCACGCUUCUCGGCGGCGUGGCACUUUUCGACUGUUCCCUGAAACGACAAAUUUACCGAAACCGCUUCGAAAUCACCUACGUCGGUCUCUCCCAAGCAAUUAUUAAAGAUCUCUCCUCCGGUCGUCGCAUGGUACUAAAGUCGAACUACGGCUACGAAAUCGAGGACGUGAAAAUUCUCGGUGCCGAAAUGCGUUACAUCGUCUCCCACACACAGAAUACGCUCUUGCUCGGUGAUCUGGUAACUGCUCGUCUUUCGGAAAUCGAGUGGAAAGGAUCUGGAAAUGAACGAUACUCCUUCGACAAUGCUAACGUCUGCGUCGUGUUCAACGCUGGGGAGUUGUCGCUCGUCGAGUACGGCGCCGAGGAGAUCUUGGAGUGCGUGAGGACAGAGCAUAUGAGCAGAAAUCUCAUCUCCGCCAGAGUUGGCGAACGCAAAUCGAACAUUCGCAUGCUGGCGUAUCUUGCUGACCCGAAAUCCGUCGUUAUUAACGACUUGAAUACUCGACAGACAAUCGCGCACAUUCCCCACGACAACCGCUUCGACUGGCUCGAGCUCAACGAAAAAGCGACGAAGCUGCUCUUCCGCGAUCGCCGCUACCGACUCUGGAUUCACGACAUAACCGCGCAGAAGACAGUGAUGCUUCUCGGCAACUGCACGUAUUCCCAGUGGGUGCCUGGAUCGGACGUAGUCGUCGCACAGAACAGAAACCAAGUCUCUGUUUGGUACAACAUCGACGAUGUCGACCGAAUGAUCAACAUCCAAAUCAAAGGCGACGUAACAGGCAUUGAGCGCAGUGGGAGUCGGACCGACAUUAUCGUUCAAGAAGGCGCCUUCCAGAAUCGCUACAAACUUGACGAGGAGCUGAUCGAGUUCGGAACAGCAGUAGAAGAUGGCGAUCUCAAUCGAGCUUGUGAAUAUCUGGAGUCGCUUCCAGAAGGGCACCAGGGCGGUGCGAUCAUGUGGUCGACUUUGGCAAAACUAGCCCUAGAAGCAGAAAAUGUCGACAUUGCCCUAAGAGCGUUCGGAUAUCUUGGCGAUGUGGCGAAGAUCAGAUAUCUUCACCGAGUUCAAGUGGAGAGUAUCUUUUACGAAGAAGAGACAGGUCGGCCACGAUCGGAUUCGAUGAAAGCUAGAGCGAUGAUGGCACAGCUAAAUGGAAACUACUCACUCGCGGAGCAGUUCUUCAUCGAGGAGAAUCACCAUGACGAAGCUAUUGAAAUGUACACGGAGCUGAAUCUAUGGGAAGAUGCAAUCAGACUAGCGACGCGAUACAACCCCGAAACGGUCAAUCACCUUCGACAGCGCUACCUGACAUGGCUCAGAGAUACGCGCCAAAUGGGCCUGGCUGGAUCUUUUGUUGAAAGUGAAGGAUAG